AUGCCUUCCAGAAAGCGAGCCGCCGUCGGCGCAAAUAGCGAUUCGGCUUCCAAGAGACGGCGAACAUCUCAAUCUUCUCUCCAGAAUUCCGGCCGAUCAACAAGAUUAAAAUGGAAGCCAAAUGACCAAAAUCCGUUUGUCGAUGAUGGCUGCAGUGGACCCGCCAACGACGACGGUCAUGAAACUAUUGAUCUAUCUAAUGCUGCUGAAGUCCCACCGGAGUUCAUGGCUCCCAAGGCUGACAACCGCAUUAAGAUUGGUAAAUUUCAGUGUGUCAUUUGCAUGGAUGACACUUCUUUCUUGACUGUCACGCACUGCGGUCACCUAUUCUGUUCCGAAUGUCUGCAUUCUGCACUUCAUAUCGAUAACAUGAAGAAGACCUGCCCCGUCUGCCGAACGAAAGUCGACCCGAAGGAAAAGAAGGGUAAAAACCAAAAAUCAUACUAUCAUCUCGAACUAAAGAUCAUGACCGCCAACAAGAAGGGAAAGCGACCAGCUGUUUCUUCAUGA